UUACAUAACCUCCAAACCAAUUACAGCCGAAGAAUUCAUUGGUAUUUCAAUUUUGAAAAUCAUAGCUUUAACAAAACGAUUUAGGAAAAGAUAAAAUUAGUUGAUAAUAACUACUGAUAAACUAAACCAUCAUAAUGACGGAACAACAGCAAAAAACUAAAUGUAUUACACUCAAAGGAUCUGCUGAAUUAGUUAAACAAUAUCUCCUGUAUGGAAUCAAUAAUAUUCUGUAUCAACGAGGAAUCUAUGAUCCAGAGACUUUUGAAACAGCAGAGCAUUUUGGUUUGCACCUUUAUAUGUCUACAGAUCCAAAAAUUGUUAACUUCUUUACUGUUGUACUUGGGCAAGUUGAAGAAUGGCUUGUACAACGAAAAGUGCAAAAAGUAACAUUGAUUAUUUCUAAUGUUAAUACAAAAGAAGUUCUAGAAAAAUGGGAUUUUCAAGUUGAUUAUGAAACCACAGCAUCAAAUGGAAAUACAGUAAAUAAAGAUAAUGGAAAUUUACCAGAAGUAGGAACAAAAGAUGUUAAAACCAUUCAAAAAGAAAUUAGAGAAGUUAUACGCCAAAUAACUGGAACAGUAAGUUUCUUACCACUUUUGGAUUGCAUAUGCUCUUUUGAUAUUUUAACUUACACAAUACCAGAUUGUGAUAUUCCAAAAGAAUGGGAUGAAACAAGUCCUGUGUUUAUAGCUAAUAGCCAAGAAGUAAAAUUGAGAUCAUUUUCUACUUCUCUUCACAAAAUGGAUACCAUAGUUAGUUAUAAAAAUACAUAAUCAUAUUCCAAUCAUAAUAUCUGUCUAAGAUUAGUGAAUUGUACAUAUAUUUUUAUUUGAAUUAUUUAUACUGUACUUUGCAUUGUUCUCUGUGAGAAAUAAUAAUUCUAUAGUUUUGAAAGUGCACCAAAUUAUUCUAAAUAUCAUUUAAUUAUUAUAUUAUCUAUUAAUUAUUUGUCAAAUUUUCUAAAAAUUUGUUACUAGACAUAA